AUGAGUAAAGAGUAUAAACCUCUAAUUAAAGAACAAGAGGAGGAAGAAGAAAAGGUUACAAAUUUUUCAAACCAACCCACUCCAUCCUCCAAUUCUUCAGACAUAUCAGAACAACAAAAACCAUCAAAUAAUUUUCCAUCUGUGUUUUCAAAAGGAGCACCAUCAAUUAUGGCCUAUUGUAUUACCAAGAUUAAUCUUAAAUUAUCAAAAAAUUGGUUCCCUGUUGUAUUUUUACUUGUUGUCAUGAUUUAUACAGGAAGCAAAAGUUUACAAUUUCUUGCAAUUCCUAUAUAUACUAUAUUCAAGAAUUUAACCAUUAUUUUUAUUGCUUAUGGUGAAGUAUUAUGGUUUAAAGGUUCAGUGACAGUAUUAAUGAUGACAAGUUUUCUAUUGAUGGUCUUUUCUUCAAUAAUAGCAGCCUCAUCAUCAGAUUCGGUCAAUUCAAUUAUAAUUGAGAAAUAUUCUCCAUUUAACUUUGGUUACAUUUGGAUGGGCUUCAAUUGUGUUUCUUCAGCUACAUAUAUUUUAUUUAUGAGAAAAAGAAUCAAAUCAACAAACUUCAAAGACUUUGACACUGUAUAUUAUAAUAACAUGUUAUCAACUCCAUUGUUGGUUUUCAUGAGUUUAAUAGUGGAAGAUUGGUCCUAUGCUAACUUAGAAAAAAACUUUCCAAUUGAAGUCCGAGGUACUUUAAUAUUAUCAAUGUUAUUCUCAGGAUUAUCAGCUUUUGCAAUUUCUUUUGCUUCUGCAUGGUGUAUUAGAGUCACAUCAAGUACCACUUACAGUAUGGUUGGCGCAUUAAACAAAUUACCAAUAGCUGCAAGUGGUAUGAUUUUCUUUGGUGAUCCUACAACUUUUGGAAGCGUAUCUGCUAUUCUUAUUGCAAAAAAUGAACAACAAAAUAUUGAUAAAUCAACUAUUAUCAACAAUGACAAUAAUUUACAUAAAUCUUCUUCCUCAACAUUAAAAUCACAUCAUAACAUAAAUGAUCCAAUAAUCACCGAAACACUUGAUAACUCAUUUGAUAUGGAUAAUAAUCAAGAAAAUUUCCAACAAAUGAAUGCCGCUACUUUUCUUCCACUGAUGCUUCAAGCUCAAGACCUUGUAACUAAAUUGGAAAGUAGAGUGAUUGAAUUGGAAAAUGACCUUGAAACGAUAAAUGAAUCUCAUGAGCAAGAAAGGGAUCAAUUACUUCAAGAAAUUGGUGAAAAAGAUGAAUACAUCCAUAAUCUUAAAACAAAAGUUAGUAGACUUGAAUUUGGUGCGCGAGAAGCUAUAAUUGUAUUAGCUAGGACUAGUGCUCAAAAUUAUCGAAAACUCUCAAAAAAUCGGAAAAAACGUUCAUCCCAAACUCCUAUAAGAAAAGAUUCAAAGAUUCAACAAAAAGACAUACCUGAUCUUGAUGAUUAUGAUUUAGACGGUAAUGAAGAUAUUGCUGAAUUUAAUAUAUCUGAAGAUGAGGGUGCUAAUGAUUUUGCGUCGAAAUUUCGCCUAACACCAAGAAAAUCCAUCGAUAGUUUACAUGAUGAAGAAGAAAGAAGGCAUUUAGAAGCUGCAUAUUCAAUGAGUAAUGGUAAUGAAAAUGCUGACUUUGUAGAAGAACCAGAAGAUAUGGAUAAUAGGCAUCAUAGUGACGAUGAUAAUGAAAUUGGAAAUUCAAGUGAAGAAGAAGAUAGUGGCAAUGAAGAAGAUGACGACCAUGAAAACGUUAACAUUCAUAAUCAACUUCCACCACAAGGUCCAAUUCCAAAUAUUUCCUAUACUGAUAAUUCAUGUCCAAAUUGUAAUGUAUUGCUUGCUCAAGUUGAUCAACAUCUUGAAGAACGCGCUUACCUUAAAAGAGAUCUUUCUGCUCUCGCAAUAUCUUUAUCAGAAGAACAAGGACUUCGUGCACAAAUACAAGCAAAUAAAGAAUCUUUAGAGCAAGAAAUUGAUGAUUGGUUAAAUGCAAUGUUUGAAAAGGUUAACCAAAUGGUGUUUGAUGAAGCCAAUACUCGUGAAGAUAUUGAAUUGCUUAAUAGAGAAUAUAAGGGAAAAUUUGAAAAUUUAUUUAAAGGCUCUAAUUCCAGACAAGACAGAUUACGAGAAUUGAAAUUAUUAUUGGUCCAUUUAGAUUCAACUAAACAAAGACAAACUGGCACAGCAAUACAUAAUGGACCUGGCGCACUGAAUAGAAAUUCUAUAGCUCGUCGAAGUGUAAUGUCAAAUUCACCAAUUAAUAGUCCUAGAGGUAGUAGAAUUUUCGGUAACUUUGGCCACAUGUCACCAAGCAUCUUUUCCAAUUCAUCUGAAGAAUACUCUUUGACAAAGGGCAAACGUAUUUAUAUUGAUGGAGUGCUAUUUGAAGAAUUUCAAGAGUAUGUUAAAUCAUUUAUCACGUCACCUGCACCCAACACAUCAACUCCUACACAUUCAUUUAUGAAACGUUGCAUGGUGGAAGACAUUCAACCUUGUCUUUUCGAAGGAAGUACAGGUUGGAAAUCACCAUUCUAUAAGAGAAGAUUGUUGGAUGCUAUAAUGAAAAAUCAAUGUGAAAUUCAAGCAAUCUAUUAUAGUUCUUCUAAUUCAGUGCCAACCACACCAUUAUCAAGUCAAUUCAGUAAUAGUUCUGUAAACCGUUCCAAUAGUUAUCAUGAGCCUCCACCAGCGCCCAAAGUAAAAUGUGGACUUUGUGGUCAUUUGAGAAGUUGUGAUUUCCGUAUGAGAUUGUCGGGACCGGAUGCUGCAAUUCCACCAUCAACCACGACAAUGACACCAUCAGCUCAAUCAUCAAGAUUCUCGAUAAACUCUAAUCCAGGAUGGAUUCCGCUUGAUAGAUUUUGCAGAGAUCGUGUUGUGGCAGUUUGUGAUUUCUACUCUUAUCUAUCACAUUUACGUCAAGGAUUACUUAACAAUUCUCCAGUAUGGGGAAUGUAUAAACAGUGUUUGAAAUACCGUAGAAGAAUGGGAAUGUCACGUGUUGGAAGUGUUAGAUUUAUUUAUUUAUUAUCACUAUAA